GAAAAGCAGAGCUCUGGGGCGCAUUUUAGUUUCAGUUAUCCAACACAGAAGAACGCAAGCAUAAAAGCAUACAGCCGUUGAUUGAAAAAAAAAAUGAAGUCUAUAAUUUGGUUGAGGAUCAUCACAUCCGCUGUCAUGAGUAUGACAGCGGCCAUGGGAAUCACACUCAAGUGCUUGGAACAAGACUACUACUCACGUAACUGCACCUACGAUGGGGUCAAAAUGGUUGAUCUAGUGCCAAACGUUGAAUUUUCCAAUAACUAUUAUACACCCAACUACUUCAAAUUCGUACACUCCGAACUUAUCGAAAUUCCGAAAAGAAUAUUCGAACGAUAUCCGUCAAUGACAUCUUUGAAUGUGGCGAAUAGCAGUGUAAAGAGCGUCAGUCGAUACACAUUCGAAAGAGCUAGUGCACUGGUGUUGCUGAACAUGUCAACUAAUAACCUACAGGAAAUACAAAGUUAUGUUUUUUCCGGUGCUAUUCAACUGACCGUUUUGGACUUAAGCAAAAACAACAUUUCAAGUAUCGACGAAAAAGCGUUUUCUGGUUUGAAUACUUUACAUACGCUUCUCCUAUCAAGCAAUAGAUUGAAAAUUUUAAAGGACAAUGUGUUUAGUCCUUUGGGAAAUCUUCAAAAGCUCAGUAUGGCAAGAAACAAUUUGGAAGUACUGGAAAAGGAUCUAUUCGCAACGAAUUCUCGUAUGACAAUGCUUUUUCUACACAACAAUCAGCUGGUUGUGAUAGAACAGGACCUGUUCAAAAAUGUGAACGAGCUGGAGUAUCUGUGGCUUAAAAAUAACAACCUUACAAGUUUAGAAAUCAGUAUAUCAAAUGUCAAAAGAGUGAAUGUUAUGAACAACCAGCUCAUUAAAAUAAAAAUAAACACGGCAGUACAGGAGUUGUACCUCAGCAACAAUAGUAUAUCUGAAAUUGUGGUGGAUGAUUUCUCCGAUCUACAACUGAAAACUCUGGAUUUGUCUUGGAAUAAGAUCUCCUCGUUGGAUGUUAUUAGCAAAAUAGCGUCAUUGCAGAAUCUGGAUCUAUCGCACAAUAAAAUUGGUCCCCUGAAUUUGACCAGUUUUGCCAAACUGUCCACGUUGGUGGAUUUGAACCUGGAAGAUUCACAAAUCUCCAAUCUCCAAUACGGGACAUUUUCGCAACUCACUUCGCUUCAGCGCCUAGACAUUUCGUAUAAUAAUUUGAACCGCAUUAAUUUCGACAUUUUCACCUCAUCACAUCUCAUGGAUGAAAUCUACAUCGAAGGAAAUCGUCUCAAGGAUAUCAACUAUGAGGAAAUCCAGAAAAUUUUUCCAUCUCUUAAAAAAAUUAGCAUUGCCGAUAACAACUGGAACUGUUCUUACCUCACGAAAAUGAUUCGAACCAUGAACGGAUUCAAGAUCGUGGUUGGUGGUUUCAAAACGGAAACUUUGAUCGCCGAUAAGACUAAUGUCAAAGGGAUUUACUGUUCGGACGAUAAAAACCCCGUUGCUAGUUGGAACGUCACGGCUAAACAUCUGGACAAGUAUUUGAAUGAUUCUGUUCCCAUCGUGGACACCAGUGAGAUUAAACAAAUUAUGCAGAAUGCCAUCGACGACGUCGGUCGGUUCAACGAGUACAAAGUGUCCUUGAUUAACAGAACGGAUCAGCUGGAAGGUGAAAUUUUCGACCUUACGAAAAAGUUUAUCUCACUCGAAAGUGAAAAUUAUGAACUGAAGAAAACCAUUUUGGACGUCAGGUUGUCUAUGCUAGUAAAUGCAUCAAAUGAAACAGUUGCAUCCAGUGACCUGAAGAAGGCAAUGCAGGAAUUGAAUGAACUAACACUGGCCAAAAUGAAACAAUUGGAGAACAAUCUAGAAUUCAAAAUAUACCAGCAAUCGUUCAAAUUUGACAAAAUGAAGGAAUCAAUCGAAGAAACUGCCGGAAAGCUGCUUGUUUUAAGCAAACAGAUGGCACCAAAUGCGGGUUUCUACAAUCAUUUGAAUCCAACUCAGCAGGAACUGAAGGCAGCCUCUGCUGGUUCCGGAUCAAGCCAAACAGUAAUAAUUAUUAUGUUGGUGAUUUUGGUGGCCAUGCUUACGAUUGUGCUGGUCGUGAUUUAUCGCAACCGAUUCAGCGUGGGCCCGAGCAGGGGAUCUCGCUUCGGAACGUCGAACACUUUAGCCACGAUAGUGGAUAAUGACAUCUAGGGCAAACAUGAAAUGUACGUAUUUCCUUCUCAACUGCAGAUAAGAACGUCAGCUUGUUGCUAUCCAUUACAGCAGGCAUUUUUAAAUAUAACCGACUAUCGUUUCUUAUCAGUGAGACUGAACGGAGAACUAAAGCAUAACGAGAGUGAUAAUCUGAAUAUUUUAUGUGUUUACAAUUUGAUUGCAAAUAAAAUAUGCAAGAAGCGAUGAUUUAUAAAUAAAUCGAUUGCUCUGUGUUGUACAUGAAAGUAGCAGC